AUGAAAGACCCUAGCAGCUUCACAAUCCUUUGUACUAUUGGGGGUUUGUCAUUCAACAAAGAUCUUUGUGAUCUAGGAGCUAGUAUCAACCUCAUGCCCCUUUCAGUUUUCAAGAAAUUGGGAGUAGGAGAAGUGAAGCCGAUGACCAUUACUCUUCAGUUAGCGGACUGUUCCCUUACUUAUCCUAGAGGAAUAAUUGAAGAUGUAUUGGUGAAGGUACAUAAAUUCAUACUUCCAGCUGAUUUUGUUGUUUUGGAUAUGGAAGAAGACCAGGAAAUCCCUAUUAUUAUUGGUUUCCCUUUCUUGGCUACGGGGUGUGCACUUAUUGAUGUUCAAGGGGGCCAUCUUACACUCAGAGAUAAAAAUGAAGAAGUGAAGUUCAAUAUUUAUCAAGCAUUAAAACUGUCAGAUAGCACAAGCACAUGUCACAGGGUAGAAGCAAUUGAAGUGUUAGUGAAAGAUACUAUAAGAAGAGAGUUGAACUUGGAUCCUCUUCAAUAUAGUCUUAUUGCUAGUGCCACACGCUCUGAAUAA